AUGGCUCGCAUAACUGGGUCGAGGGUACUAACGAUCCUAGCAGCGUUGUUGUGCUUCCCCUCACCCUCGUUCGGCGUGUCUAAUCAGACUACUGCAUCUAACGCAUGCUCCUAUUUGCAGAACGUUCUUGGCACCGGAGUUGUCUUGCCCACUGAGGCUUCAUAUUCAUCUGCUUCUAAGGGAAAUUGGGUUCAAACGGCUUGGGCAUCACCAACUUGUGUCAUCCAAGCGACCACAGCCCAACAGGUGUCGCAAGCAGUCAGGUAUCUUUCCCGAGGAGGCGUGCAUUUUGCGAUCCGCUCCGGAGGGCACUCGCCUGCACCGCUCGGUGCAAAUAUCAACGAUGGGGUCCUCUUUGACAUGUCUGGAUUCAAUAGCGUCCAGUAUAACGCCCGACUGGGCGUCGCUGUGGUUGGCACCGGUAUGAGAUGGGGUGAUGUAUACCGUCAUCUCGACCAAUACAAUGUGACAGUGGUCGGUGGCAGGAUUCUUGGGGUGGGUGUUGGCGGACUCACACUCGGUAGUGGGCUGUCAUAUCUAUCCGAUCUCUACGGCUUAGCCUGCGAUAACGUUGUAUUAGCUGAUGGUUCCAUCGUAAACGCCAAUAAGCACUCUCACCCCGACUUGUGGUGGGCUCUAAAAGGUGGCGCCAACAACUUUGGCAUUGUGACUAGGUUCACGCUCAUCACCUACCCGACUGGGCUUGUCUGGGGUGGUUACAGAGUUUACACGCUCGAUGCCAUUCCAGCCUUGUUCGACGCUCUGUUGGCGUAUCAGUCGGUUGCUGUCAAGGACCCUUACGCGAACCUCAUGAUGCAGGCCUUUCCUCUGAACGGAACGCUCGGCGUAUUACUAAACAUGGUAUACAACAAACCCGUGGGAAACCCUGCAGCAUUCACGCCAUUUUACGAUAUCCCCGCCAUUGCCGAUACUGUCCAUAUUCAGCCCAUGACCGACUUCUUAGCGAGCCAGGUACCCCCGUCCCUGCCGCGGCUCAACUGGUACGCAACCAGCUUCAAGACAGACGCCACACUGUUCGAGACUGUCGAGGAGAUCGUCACUACAUCACCUGAGCUAGACACCAUCAGAAAUCUCACGGCUGGCAGCAUCGCCGUGGGCUGGCAGCCCAUCUCGACGAGCGCCAUCAUGGCCGGGCACGCUCGCGGGGGCAAUGCCCUCGGCCUCGCAAAUACCAACCAGACGUGGUUUGUCAUCGACAUCGGCUGGUGGGAUGCAGAGGACGACGCAGUGGCUAACGAGGCGGCGGCGAGCCUGGUCGCCAGGGUUGAAGACGCUGCGAGGACCCGUGACCAGUACGUCGAUUACAUCUUCAUGAACGACGCGGCGGUCACGCAGGACGUCAUCGGCCAUUACGGGAUGGGGAACGUCGCGAAACUCCGCGCGGUGCAGAGACGGUACGAUCCACUCGAGGUAUUUCAAAAGCUGGUCCCAGGUGGCAAUAAUGUCUCGGAAUUGAGUCAAAACGUCAGGUACAUACCGACUACUGUCCUAGACCCUUGCUCAUGCAACCUCGUCGCGUGGGCGGUGCAGAGGACAUGCAUCCUCGCUUCUCUUUUCCGACGCAUAGUCCUCGCAGCUUGCAGCUGA